GGCCUUGGAGCCCCGCCCCUGACGAACUACAGCUCCCGGUAGGCCUCGCGGCAGCGCAUACAGUGCUGAAGGUAGUUGCCGUGGAGUUGCGCUGAGUAACCCUAAGGCAGUGGGACGCCGAGGCUGGAGGGGAAGCAACUGCGGGGGGUAUUUCCAUUUUAACAGGGAACAAUCCCUGAAGCCAAAGGAAUGAAUCCCUAAUGGUGAGGUUUCAGGCAUCAGUGACAGGCUGAACCCCGGCCUAUGCUUACACCUGACAAAUGACGGCCUGAGCUAUGAGUAAACAGGACUAUACGAACACUUCGGUGCAGGAGCCCCCUCUUGACUACUCCUUCCGAAGCAUCCACGUGAUCCAAGAUCUGAUAAGCGAGAAGCCAAGGACAGGGCUACGACCACUAAGGCACUCCAAGUCAGGGAAGUCACUGACGCAGUCCCUGUGGCUGAAAAACAAUGUCCUCAAUGACCUGAAAGACUUCAAACAUGUGGUUUCCCAGCUGCUGGAGCAUCCGGAGAACCUGGCCUGGAUCGACCUGUCCUUCAAUGACCUGACUUCCAUUGACCCUGUCCUGACAACCUUUUUCAACCUGAGUAUCCUCUAUCUCCAUGGCAACAGCAUCCAGCGUCUGGGAGAGGUGAAUAAGCUGGCUGUCCUCCCUCGGCUCCGGAGCCUGACACUCCAUGGGAACCCCAUAGAGGAAGAGAAGGGGUAUAGUCCCUUGUUCUCAUCUACUGCAAUCUUUCUGGAUAUGAACGUACAUUGAGCCCAUCAGCUGCAAAUCCCUGCUGGCAUUAUGUCAGCUGCAAAUUGCAUAAGCAGACCUGCUGGGUAUCUAUCCAAGCCAUAAAGAGCAAAGGUGCCCAGGACAAAGCCAAGGACAAGGGGCCCAUCCUGGCUAAUGCUGACUCACCAACCCUGAGUGCCAGACCACCAGCCUCCUCAGUGGUCCAUUCUAGGCCUAUCUCAGUUCCUACCACAGACUUUCCCACUGCAGGCUCCCAGCUCCCCUGCCCACAACACCACAACUCUCCUUAUAGAGGGCCACUUCCUCCUGCCCUGCCUGCCCCACCCAAGGCAGGCCCAGACUUUUCACAUUACUCUUCCUUCUCAAGCCGAAGUUGCCCAAGUGUCCUCAGUUCCCAACAGCACGAGACAGAAGCUGUGGGCCUCUGCCCCACCACCUCCCAACUCCUAGACACCCGUCCUCCUCCCUAAACUACAGGCUAAGUAUUAAAGAGCUAGAAAGACAAAAUGCUGCCAAACAUUAAACUAUCCCUAAGGAAAGCUGGCUCCGUAAUGAAGCCCGAGUUUGCUUCCUAUGUGUCCCUCCUUGCCCCAGCCCCACUUCAGACAGAUCGUCCUGCAGGACAGGGCAGUUUCUCCCCUAUCGGGUUCUUCAAGAACAAGGGUGUUUUCCUGAGGCCUAGACUCCCAGAAGAGGCCAUGCUACCCCAUGAGAGUGGACAGAUAACAUCGCCCCACCCCCAAAGGGCAAGUGGAGCAUGGGGGAGGUUUUUCACACCAAAGUUUGUCCCUCAGUGUCAACCCAUGAGUCAGGGUUUCACUGU